GAUUAUCAGAAACCUAUCAGGACAUCCAGAUUGCUUUUGUUUACAGUUUGACAAAUUAUUUUAAACCUGAAAUGUUGUCUGUAAAUUGCAUUGAGAUGAUUAAUUUCUAUAGUGAUUUUAAGACAUGAUUCCGAAGCCAGCGUAUGUGGUAACUCCACCAAAUCUCUCAUCGCCUACUUACAAACACUUCAAGUCCUCACAACCCCUCACGGCACAGAACAGGAGGAAGAAAAGAGUUCUAUUAUACGGUGAGAUGCCGGCUAGAGAAGUCAGUUCUCACAGUCACCACUACCAACACAAAUACCACUCCCCUCCUACGCCACCUGGCAAACGAGUAUCACAAACAAUAAACACGCCCCGGUUUGCAGAAAGGACCCCCUCACCUCGGCCAGCCCCUGACCAGUAUUUUCCAGCUGUUAAACCAUCAGGACCAUCUUUUUCUUUCGGACACAAGCUCGGGGAAGGAAUAAAUGAAGUUGGUCCUGGUAGAACGAGUUGGGAAAAGACUUGGUUUGCUUCUUCUGAUGUGUGGAAAAUAAAAACAGACUUUGAAAAAAAAUGGCCAGAGAUUGGAAGUCACGAGUGUGAACUAAACUUUAUGGGGAAAAGACUUCCGUUUCUCAGAGCUGGACCUUCCCCCUCUUUCGGGGCCAAGUUGCUGGACAUUGCCUUCAAGAAAAAAGAAGCUGUGCCGAGUCCGAUGGCCUACAAUACAGGGGGCUCAGUGAAACAUCUUUACAAAGCUUCUCCUAGCUUCACUAUCGUCAGGAAGGAUUACUCGCAAGAACGCUGGGUCAAGAACAAAGAAGUACCUGGACCGGGACAGUACGCUCCGAACGUAAAAGCUGUCAAACCUAAAACUCCAGCAUUCUCCUUCGCCAGACCCUCUCCUACCUUCAUCCAACCCUGCUCUUAGGUAAUGGUUACUAAGGUUACCAAGAUAAUGGUUACCAAGAGAACGGAGUGAUCAACAUUACUUGGUGUUAAAAUUUGUGUCAGACUUCCAAUAUCAGAUUCAAACAUUUAAGAGUUCCCUGUUUAAAAGAUGUCAUCACUGCCAAAUAAAACCACAGAUUUUCUUGAGAUUUAUGAAGACUUUUUACUUACAAAUAAUCUUUGUCAGCUUCAAUGAUUUUUCUCAUUUGCUUGAUUUCUGAUAAUGAAUAAAGAGUGUUAUUUUUUACUAAUCAAAAAUUAAGACAUGUUUUAAAAGACAUACAAUAAAAGGUAUACAGGUAAUAAAAGACAAGUGCUUACCUAGAUCUCCUACCUCCAAAACAUCGGUUGUUGUCAAAAUAGAAAUUAGCACUAUUACAGUGCACUUGCUGAUGAGGCAGGGAAAAGUACGUGUGUUGCUAUGGUAACUGUUGGUGUGUUGGUGUAGGCGGCGGGUUGAUUAGUGCUAAUUAAUACUAAUUUUAAUGGGGAGUCAGCAGGAAGCUGCUGAUUAGUUCUACUUUCUCUCCGGCCAGUCCUUGAGCGACUCACGGUUCUGCAAUGUAGUGCUAGUGUUACUAUGGAUACAGUAGUGUUACUAUGGAUACCUGUAUUUGUGCUACGGUUACUAUGGAUACCUGUUAUAUUUGUGCUACUGUCACUAUGGAUACCUAUAUUUGUGCUACUGUUACUAUGGAUACCUGUAUUUUUGCUACUGUUACUAUGGAUACCUGUAUUUUUGCUACUGUUACUAUGGA